AUGGCAGCGGUUGCGAGUAUUCUGAAUUCUUUGAAAAAUGGCGACGAACUUCCCAUGAAUGUAGUCAACUACAUGUACGAGAAUGGCGGUUUUUUAGUGAGUUGUUCAUUAUUUAAUUAAAUUCAUGUUCUUUUUAAGCUCUUCCUGAAUUUUCCCGAAGGUUCCGAGUUUGGAAUCGACUACAAGUCUUGGAAAACCGGCGAAAAGUUCAAAGGAUUGAAAAUGAUACCGCCUGGAGUUCAUUUCGUGUAUUGCAGUAUCCGGGGAAUGCCAAGGAUCGGUUUGAUUGAAAUUGUUUCCAUUUGAUAAUGGAAAAAGUUCUAGGAUUUUUUCACACGUUCAAAUCGGGCGACAUUUUGGUGAAAAAGUGGGAUCGACAAAAGGAAGAUUUCUGCGAUGAAGUUGUCACUGAAGAUGUUAGUUUAUUGAAUGGGUUAAAUUUAUUUGAGUUGGAGUUUAAGGAUAUAAAAGAGAAGAGAAAUCAGUUGAAGUCUUUGGAUUCGAAUUUGGCGCCGUAUCCAUAUGAAAACUAUCGAAGUUGGUACGCUCUGACCGAUUUUGUUACGCCGACAACUGUUGAACGGUUCGAAUUAUUUUUUUACAGAUGAAAACGAGAAGAACAAUUUCAAUACAGCAAUCAGUGAUGUUUUUGAAAUUUUUUUCUCGAAAAAAAUUAUAUUUUUCGUUUUCCGUAUAGUCCUUUUAAACGGCGCAAAGUUUUGCAUUCCCUUGAAUAACUCAAAAAUGGAUUACGGCUUCAAUAUAUUUAUAAAAAUUUUUCAGGCUUUUUUGAACAAUGAAAGUCGGAUUUGUGAACUUACUUAAAAAAAAUUAAUCCUUAGCUUGAAAGUAUUAUAUUAUCAAUUUUCAACGAAGGUUCUAGAUUUUUUUUUCCUAAUAUCUUCCCUGAAAGCCUGAUUGGAUAAGGAGUUUCAAGGCUGAAAAUUAAAUAAGUUUUCUUUAGAAUUUCAGAGUAUCGGAUUUUUUACUUUUAUUUUAAGUGUCCUUUUGAAGUUACCACAUAGAAAUUUGGAAGAAAAUCGAGAAAAAAAAAUGGAAAAGCUGUAUUUUUUCGGAAAGUUCAUUAAUCAAAACUUGGGCGCAGCUGUUGAGUUUGGCCACGAAAAAUCUGAGAAAAGUUUGUUGUUAGUUUUGUACAAUUGAAGGUCUCGAAGCGAAGAGCCGUUUUCAGUGUUAUUUAGGUUUUUCAUACACUUGGAAUUGAAAUAAAUAAAAAAUAAGGAAAAUUUUGUAGAGUCCAACCACUGAAGGGAAGAAUCACAGCACAGGCAGAACUAGUGAGCCUCGAGACAAAAGUCAUGGAAAAUAAGGAGGUUUCAGUUGAUCAGGAGGGUCAUUUCACUUGGGAAUAAAAUAAAAGGUCAGAUUAGUCUUCAAGGAAAAAAUGAUGGUCUUUUAAUUUUUUGACGAUUUUUGACGAUUUUGAUGGAAAAAAUGGCCUAUAUUCACGAAUUUCAGUUAUUUUAAAAGCUAAAAAUUUUUUGACAAUUUUAAUCGAUUUUGACAGUUUUGAAGGCACAAAAUGGCCUAUUUCUAUGAUUUUCGACGGUUUUGAUGGCUCAAACGGCCUAUUUUUAAGUAUUUCGUGUUUUCAAAAGCUUAAAAUGGCAUGUUUUUAAUGAAUUUUGACGAUUUUGAUGGCAAAAAAUGGCCUGUUUUCAUUGAUUUUGACAACUUUGAUGUCUCAAUUGGCCGAUUUCGAUGAAUUUUGAAGGUUUUCAUGGUUCAAAACGGCCCAUUUUGAGAAAUUUCGAUGAUUUAAAAGCUCACAAUAACCUAUUUUGAUGGAUUUCGACGGUUCUCUCUGACUUUGAGGUGCCCUUUCUCGGAAACUAUCAAGUUUUGCAAAUUGACAUUUUCCGAACAUCAUUUUGGUACAUCAAGGAGUAAUCUGACCAAGUUUCAUAAAACUCCCAAAGUGAAAUGACCUCCUUGUGGGAAAAAUAGUACUUUUUCGACAUUUUGGCCUUGAAGUUGAGGAUCGAAGGAGCCGGCAGCAACAGAGUCGACCGGGAUCAUCCCGUCAGGACCCGUUUCGUCGAUCAGAAUGGCCUGCCGAUCAUGCAAAUCCGGGAAGGCUACGAAAUAAGAUUCCAGGACAUUCCUCAGCUCAGAGUUUGUUUUUUUCACAUUUAUCGAGAAAUCAGAUCAUUUCUUCAUAUUCCCGUUUCAAUAAAUGUAUUUGUCGAUCCUUCAAUUUUUUCGUAGCUUCACCGCUGAUAAAUCCAACCAUCAAAAAUAAAUUUGUCGUUUUUGUUUUCAUUUUUUUUUAACUCUUAAUUUUAGUCUACUCACAUUUUAUGCAUUUUAAACGAUAUUUUAAAAUUUUGAUACUUUCUGAAUUGUUUCGAGACUUAUAAGGAUACUACCAGGAUGAAAAUGUCGAUUUUCCAGGCAGACAUGGCCCGAAUAGGGAUCGAACAUUCGGAUCGUCUAAAUUCGCUUCUUCGACAAUUUGGCGAAGAUUGGAAGCAACUUUUGGCAGAACUCCAAAUCGCCUUCGUCUGCUUCCUCAUUGGACAGGUUCCAACUUUCUUUAUCUUCUCAGAAAUUCUUCUUCUGACGGGUUCUGAUAAUCUUGAAGUCGUGGUUACCAACAUUUUUGGUACAAUUUUAAAAAAAGGUGUAGGAAGAGUUUUUGAGUUCAUUUGAGGUUUCCUGAGGGUUCCUAGGAAGAUUGAGUGAAUUUUUCUGAUAAUGUGGUUCCAUUUUCUUUAAUUUUGAAAAUCGCUAGCCUAAGUUAGGAGUUUUUGAAGUUAUCAAAAAUACCUGGCAGCGGCGGGGAUUGAACUUGCGAUCCUAUGAACUAUAGACAGGCACACAACCUGUCGCGCUACAUGCGCCUAUGCUUCGAUCUUCCAAUUUUUCGUAGAAAGUCAUAAGGGAAAUUUCAGCCUAAUAACUGACUACAGUAUGGUCUUCAUUCUGGAUGAGACCAGAUUUUCUAAAUCUAGUUUUUUAGGCUGAUUCCAAAUCUAGUCUUAGAAACGGCCUCCAAGGCCUGGUAAAAAUGUUAGGGGGUCCAAAGUUUCGAUGUUUUUGGUCUUAAAAGUCCAAUUUUUUUCCAUUUUUUGAGGAGAAAUAUUUUCUCUUGACUAGAGAAACAACUAUGAACCCUCGAAAAGAAGCUCAAUCAGAGACUCCGCAUUUUCGACUUUUAAGGGUCCAUAACUUUUUCCACAAACCUCCGCGGCAAUUUUUGAGACCAGAUUUGGAAUCAGCGUGAAAAACUACACCUGGGAGAGAAAUUAUAGCUGAUUACCAAUUGAUUAGUCAUAAAAGAAGAGUCCUGGCACGAUAAGAAAAUAGACAGUGCUUGAUUAGUGGAGAGUGCAGACAGGCCACGCCCCUUAGAUUCCCAAGCUAGCCGUGAAUCGACUAUAUCUUAAAUCAAGCUUCAAAAAAUUCUGAAAAAAAAAGAUCUUUUUGCAGGUUUUCGAAGGUUUUGAGCAGUGGAAACGGCUGAUUCACUUAUUAUGCUGUUGUCCAAAUUCUCUCGGAGCCCGGUCCGAAAUGUUCCUGGCGUUUGUGAGGGUGAGGAUUUUCAUAUUCAACUCUUGGAAUUUUAAUAAUGUCUUCGAAGUCGCAAAAUCUGAACUAGGUUUCUUUAAAAAAAUAACGUCGAAAUAUUCAUAUUUUCAUCGUGAAAUUGACUUUUUUGGAUGCCAAAUUUCACAUCCGAUUUAUGCACGAGACUGUGCCUGGCUCGUGGAGAGCGCAGACAGGCCACGCCUCUCACCUAAUUUUCCAGCAUUACCUGGGAAAAUUUUUAGUGGCCACUAUAGAGGCUGGCCAAGGACUUAGAGAAGACACUAAAGUGGCCACUAAACCCAUCUCUAUAGUGGCCUCUAUUUUCCGUUUAAGGGGCCACUACAGUGGUUCUCUAUUUAUUGGCCACUUCAGUAGUUUUUCAUCCAGUAUUCCUUCCAGUAACUCUAAUAAUUUUAAAACAAACAGAUUGAACCAGUUAUGUUGAUCCAUUGACCCUAAAGUGGCCACUAAAAUUUUUAGUGGUCCAGUAGUUGCACUUAGAACCCUAAAGUGGCCACUAAUUUGACUACUAUAGUGGCCACUAAAACUUCAAGACCCUAUAGUGCCCACUAAAACUUUUCCUAGCUUCAAAGAAGGAAUAGAAACUUUGCGCUCAUAAUCUUGUUCCAAGAAGUAAAAAAUAAAAGGUCAGAAUUUCCUUUAUAGCCCGAAUGUUUUCCCAAAAGUCUUCCCUGCACUUUUCUUCUCCUCCUCGACGAACUUGUCCUUUCUGCGGAAAUAGACUUUGUUGCCGAAAAAUGAGAAAAGGUCAGGAAAUCUGCAGGUGCUGUUCUUCCAACUGAAGGAAUGUCCGUCGGAUUUUUUCGUCGACAUCGUUUCCAGGGACAAUUUCCUCACCACCACCUUGUCCAUGUUCUUCGCCAAUGUUCGAGGUGAGAAAUGAAGGAAUUUUGGAAAUUGGUUGAGAAAAUAACUGGAAAAUGGGUAGCAUGAUUAAAAUAGCGCAAAAAAGAGGGUUCCAAACUUUUUCCGAGUUUUUUUUUUCUCUCUUCUAAACGCUCUGGCCGCAUUUGGAAUGACUCAAGACGUUGCGAUUGAAUUAUACUUCCCAUUCGGCUUUAUUUUGCUAUAUUUCAUGCUUCUUCUCGCAAACCGUUUUGAGUCGGUCGCACCAGAUUCAAGGUGAGAAACGAGGGGAAAUUUUGAAAGUCAGGUUAGAAAAUGACUUGGAAAAUGGGUAGCAAUGAAAAAAAUAACGGAGAAAAAAGUUUUUGGUCAUAGUUGAGUUUUUUUUUUCAUUUCGAAUUCCUGGUCGCACGUGGAAUGGCUUGAAACGUUUCGGUUGGAAUCAGAUUUUUCAAAAUUUUUUUUGGUAACUUGAUUUCUAGCAGCAAUAUCACAUGCAUCUGCUCGCAAGCCGUUUCGAGUCGGUCGCCCCAAAUCAUAAUUAAGCUUUUUUUUUUUGAAUUUUAAACGCUGCGGUCGCACGUGGAAUGGCUCGAAAUGAACUUUUUUUACUGCUUAUAGUUUUCCCGCGCGCAAACCGUUUUAAGUCGGGCGCGUGGAUCAUUCAAUUUUCAGUCAUUCUACGUGCUUUCCUGCGAUCCUAACUGUGUUUUUCAAAACUUAUCCUGGGGCUAUAAGAAUACUUGAAUUAUCAAAUUAUUCUCGAAAUAAAAGCUCGGAAAACAGCCGUAGGAAGUGAAAUUUUAAAAAAAAGUUUAAUUAUAGUUUUUAUGAUCUUUUUUAUUAGGAAGGUUUUUUUUCCAACUUUUAUCAAAAUUAAUGGGAAUCAUUCUAUUCCUCAACAAAUGCCAGAAAGUAAGAAUUUCUCGGAAAUUAGCCGUAUAACAUCUUUUUAAAAACCAUUUUGACCUCACUUUCCUGUUGCAAUCUUUUUAUUUAUUUGAUUCAGUCUCUUUUUGUUUCGAUGAGGCAUUUGAAUCACCUUCAAAGGUUAUUAUCGAAUGUUUUCAGUGAAAAGUGAGGUUUUCAUAAGAUGAAAAAGGAAAUUUUAACUUUCUUUUUUUUUGAAUUUAGAAAUUUCCGCAAAAGUGUUCUGUUUCCAGACUCUGCACACGCCCCGGAGAACCUGAAACGGAAAUCGGCUCAGUUCAAAGCCUACCUCACGCGGCAGUUCAAAUGGGACUUUGAAUGCAAUGAUUAA